UCCCCUCAGGAAGUGACAACAGCAGUGCCCUUGACCGGUGGGGAGGGCCGAGCUGUGUAUAUCUCCGCUCUCGCUGCAGGGAGAUGGCGCAGCGGCUUCUCCUGAGGAGGUUCCUGGCCUCCGUAAUCUGCAGGAAGCCCUCUCAGAGUCAGUGGGCGCCCCUUGCCUCCAGGGCCCUGCAGACCCCACAGCGCAGUCCUAAUAACCUGACAGUAACACGCAGCCAAGCCCGGUCAAUAUACACCACCAAAGUCUGUACGACGACCUUUAACAUCCAGGAUGGACCAGACUUUCAAGACCGAGUUGUCAACAGUGAGACACCAGUGGUUGUGGAUUUCCAUGCACAGUGGUGUGGUCCCUGCAAGAUCCUGGGGCCAAGGUUAGAGAAGGUGGUGGCCAAGCAGCAUGGAAAGGUGGUGAUGGCCAAGGUGGAUAUUGACGACCACACAGACCUCGCCAUAGAGUAUGAGGUGUCAGCUGUGCCCACCGUGCUGGCCAUCAAGAAUGGGGACGUGGUGGACAAGUUUGUGGGCAUCAAGGACGAGGACCAGCUGGAGGCCUUCCUGAAGAAGCUGAUCGGCUGACAAGCAGGGAAGCGUCCUGGCUGCCCCUGCCCACCUGGGCCCCGUGGUCCCGUGGGACCCCGACAGAACUCACUGCCCUCUGUGCCGGCCCUUCCCGCCGCCUCCCUCUGUCUGGUCCCUGUGGGCCCGUGCUUUGGAGACCAGGCCUCCAAACACAGGAGCCUCAAGUGCUCCCAACCCGGCUGACCGCCAGGGUGGCCGCCCAAGGAGCAGCGCCGCCGCCGAGCUGGGGCAGCCGUCUCCCCACCCACUCUGUCUGCUCCCUCUAGGGCUGGUCGCCAUGCUUCCAGGAUGCCGUGACGGAGUCCCGGGGCCAGCCUGCAGUAACAGCUUGGUCUCCCUGCUCCUUUCUGAUCUGAACCCCGGUGCCUGGCUCAUCUGCCUCCUGCAUUUUUCUUUCCUGCUGCUGUUUUGUAAAAAGAAGAAGGAAAAAAGGAACCCAAACAAGUGAGAGUAAUAUACAUAAUUCCCUCAUUUUUUGUAGGUCUGUAAUAAAGAACUUUAUGUGA